AUGGCUCGAGCUGAAUAUUGGCCCCGGUAUGGUAUCGAGAAUUAUUCGUUUGUCUUUCCCUUUGAGUACUCUUUUGAUCCUAUAGCUUCGACUGAGUGGAUGCAACGAAACUGGCAUAAUUCUAUUUAUUCGUCUGUGCUUUACGGAGCGCUUAUUCUCACCGGCAGGAAGGUAUUUUGUUAUUUGCUGGAUCUUCAAAGCUUUUUGUCUGAUUUUUUUUGUGCAGAAUCUUUACUGCAAAACUUUUUGACAGUUCGUCUUAAUAAAAGUUUAAUUCAGAUUAUGGAAUCGCGAAAAGCGUUUUCGUUGGAUACUCCACUAUUUGUAUGGAACCUUUGCCUGGCAAUCUUUUCUAUAAUGGGAGUAACACGAAUGAGCCCAGAAAUGUGGUGGAGUAUUACAUCAAAUUCUUUAGAAUAUUCAAUUUGUACAGCGUCUUAUGCUCAAGGAGUCACGGGUUUUUGGACUGAAAAAUUUGCUAUGUCUAAGAUACUGGAGUUUGGUGAUACAGCAUUUAUAGUUCUGCGGAAACGGCCACUGUCCUUCCUGCACUGGUAUCAUCAUGUCACAGACCACACAGCUUCAGGUCGUUGGUUUAUUUGGAUGAACUACACAGUACAUGCUUUUAUGUAUUCUUACUAUGCACUCCGAUCAUUGCGGUUUCGGCUGCCAAAGUCGGCUGCAAUGAUGGUUACUGUCCUACAGAUAUUGCAGAUGGUUGGCGGUGUCUCUAUCGGUAUUUCAAUUUUAAAGAUCAAACUGGCAGGGCGAGAAUGUCAGCAAACUUGGAAUAAUCUUUAUUUCUCUUUCCUCAUUUACUUUUCUUACUUUCUACUGUUCUGCAACUUCUUCUACGAGGCGUAUUUGAAAGAGGUUUAUAAUUAUUUUUUUAAACUGUUCUUUCAAUAUUAUUUUUCAAGAAAAUUGCUACCAAAACAGUAA